ACCACGGAGCAGCUGCCAAACGGCUGCGUUGGACAACGGGGUGGCCGAGCCGAGCCCCGCAGGCAGGCCGGGGACGGUGACGAUCCCCCGGCGGCACGGACACGGCCGAGGGAGCCCCACGGUGACACGAUGGGUGGUGGGAGGGGAGCAGAUCCAUGAAGAUCCUCGGAGCUGGGGCUCAGGGCACCGAGCAAAGCUGCCCCGGCUGAGGCAGAUCCAGAGCGGGAUCACGGCCGCGAGAGCCUCGGCAGGGCCGGGAGUGCCGCGGGCUCCUGCAGGACGUGGAUGCUGUGGGACGAUGCCGGGUGGAGCCGCUGGCCGGGUGCUGCUGCUGCUGCUGAUGUCUCUGUCCCUCAGCUUCGCAGCCGAGGAGCUGCUGUGUGCCUGCGAUGUGCCCCACUGCAGCCAGCCCAACUGCACGGGCAAGGUGUGCUUCGUCAGCAAGAGGAGGGAGGAGGGAACCAUCACCCAGCACCGGGGCUGCUUCUCCCAGAACAUCCUGGAGCACUGCCACACGCCCGUGACGGAGCAGUACGGCAUGCGGUGCUGCAACUUCCACAUGUGCAACGCCGAGCUGGAGAUCUUCCUGCAAGGAGAAGAAGCCCUGCUAAAGACGCCUUCCCUGCCCAACCUCCUCCUGAUGAUCUUCGUCCCACUGCUCUCCCUCCUCGUCCUCGUGGCACUCACGGCGCUCUUCUGCUGGAAGGUGGCCCAGCACCGCCACAAGCACAGUGACUUUGGUGACACAGACCUCAUGCUGAAGGCAUCCAUGAUGGGAGACAGCACCUUAGAGGACCUGCUGAACGAUGACUGCACCACGGGCAGUGGUUCUGGGCUGCCUUUCCUCGUCCAGCGCACGGUGGCUCGGCAGAUCACCCUCAUGGAGUGUGUGGGUAAAGGGCGCUAUGGAGAGGUGUGGCGAGGAGUGUGGCACGGCGAGAGCGUGGCCGUCAAGAUCUUCUCCUCCCGGGAUGAGCAGUCGUGGUUCCGCGAGACAGAAAUCUACAACACCGUCCUCCUCCGGCACGACAACAUCCUGGGUGAGCGGGGGGCCAGGAGGGCUGGAGAAGUGGGGGCGGCCUCGUGGUGGCUUCAUCAUCCCAGGGGUUUCUCCAUUCCAGGUUUUAUCGCCUCUGACAUGACAUCCAGGAACUCCAGCACGCAGCUGUGGCUCAUCACACACUACCACGAGAACGGCUCUCUCUACGACUUCCUGCAGAGGACAGCCCUGGACGUGGAGACCUGCCUGGGCUUGGCCUCCUCCAUCAUCUGUGGCCUCGUCCACCUCCACGUGGAGAUUUUUGGCACGCAAGGCAAACCUGCCAUCGCCCACCGGGACCUGAAGAGCAGGAACAUCCUGGUGAAAAGCAACCGGCAGUGCUGCAUCGCAGACCUGGGGCUGGCGGUCAUGCACUCCCAGGGCAGCGAUUACCUGGACAUUGGCAACAACCCCCGGGUGGGCACCAAGCGCUACAUGGCCCCGGAGGUGCUGAGCGAGCAGAUCCGCACCGACUGCUUCGAGUCCUACAAGAAGACGGACAUUUGGGCGUACGGGCUGGUGCUGUGGGAGAUCACCCGGCGGACGGUGGUGAACGGUAUCGUGGAGGAGUAUCGGCCGCCCUUCUUCGACGCCGUGCCCAGCGACCCCAGCUUCGAGGACAUGAAGAAGGUGGUGUGUGUGGACCAGCAGACCCCCGUGAUCCCCAACCGCCUCUUCUCCGACUCGGUGCUGUCGGCACUGGCGAAGAUCAUGAAGGAGUGCUGGUACCAGAGCCCCACGGCCCGUCUCACCGCCCUGCGCAUUAAAAAGACCUUGAAGAAGCUGAACAAUUCCGCAGAGAAGCCAAAAGCGGAGCAGUGAGAGCCGGGAACCGGACACCGGAGCCACGGACGGGCUGCACCGGGGACGGGAUGGCUCCGGCCACAGAGGGGAUUUGCUCGCAGCUCCUCCCUCUCCCACCUUCGAGCCGGUUGAAUUUGCAAGCACGGAAAAAAUAGGAAAAAAAAAACCCAAACACCAAAGGAGGAAUCUUCCACCCGGCCAUAAAAAUAUCCCCUGGAUCCGUCACCCGACACCGGCGCGUCUCGCUGUGCCGGCGGGGAUGGCAGCUGCUCGCCCACCCCGAGUGCCCGGGCUGGUGCCAGGGCGAGGGGCAGCGGUGGCAGAGCCCCCCCUGUGCCCCCCCCGGGGCACCCACCCAGCCCCGGCUCCAUCCCCGGCCACCGAGCUGCCCAGUGUCACCCUGAGAACUCCUCGGCAGAGCUGCGGUGCCCGGAGCACCCCUGGCUGAAGGAGGGAGAGGUUUCGCUGGGAAAGGAUGGUCCAAGGGCAGCAUCCCCUGGGUCAGGCCAGAUCCGCACCCCGGAUUGUGGGGAUCCCAAAAAUGAAGAGCUGCCGGUGUCUGAGCGUUCCAUGUGCUGGAUGGGGGUCCCGUGGUGAUCCUUCCUCACCAAGCAGCCAGCAUCCCCCUUGCCAAAGACCUGUCCUUCUGGCUCUGUGCCAAUAUUUUGGUGUUUUCUGAGGUGUUUUGGCUCGGCCGGCUUCAUCCUGCACUGCUCCCUGCCAUCCCAGAAUCCACCCCAUGCUUGGAGAUGUUUGGACAUGACCAGGAUGGGACGUUCAGCAGAACCAGCUUUGCCACAUAACUAUUUAAUUAUUAAGAUUUAAUAUAUUUAAUAAAGUGUAAAGCUAUUUUAUCA